AUGCCGCCCAAUAAUAGGAAAAAAAAGAAAGCUGUUUCUAAUCCGGCUCGAGGUUUCGCAACGGUCUCAGUACCCUCUAAGCCCAAAUCUACAGAACCUUCACUACCGCCCUCCACUGUGGAAUCCAAGUCCGUAUCGGAAAGUGACCGUCCUACUCCCGCCGAAAACCAGCAAGCGACCACAAACAGCGACAAGGACAAGGCACCUUCGCUCCAGGACUAUACCCCCGAAGAACUCGAGAAGCACUUUGAGGAAGCUGAGCUGCAGCUCCUCGUGGAAAAAUACGCAGCGAAAUGCAGGAAUGACGCAGCCAGACAGGUUACUAAGCUGGACACCGAGCGGAGGGUACUUCGGCAACAAGCCGCCUCAAUCAAUCUCUUGGAAUGGCUGCCCUCGGACGUUUUGAAUACCAUAUUGAGCCUGGUCGAGACCGAGGAGCGCGAGCUCAACCCCGUUCCAAGCCGGGAUUCCAGCUCGAAGAAGCCCAUCCCGGAAGAAGAGUUGUAUAUGAGACUGUGGACACUCAAGGAGACCCUUGUUAAACUCGGCUUUUCAGAAGAGAAAGUUGAUGAGGCCUUAAAGCAUCUACUGCUGUAUUUCCCCGGUAAUUUCACAUCCACAAACAAAGAGGUGGUCUGCAACCUGGACGAGGCUCUAGAUUGGCUGGCCUUGCACUGCGACCCCAAAGAACUACCUUCUUACACCCAGACUAAUACCCAACAACGAAGCGAGCUCGAUAAGAAAAUCUCUUGGAUCACUGAUCGUGAGCCAUCACAAGCUUCUACCCCAGCACAGACUCAAAGUGAUAGCAGAGCGCAGAAGCCUAAGAGCGUUGUAAAAGGAUCAAGUCCCUCGCAGUCGUAUGCCUAUGAUUCGGACAGCUCCCUCGAUCCUGAUACUUUGACCCCCAAGUACCUGGAGCUGCAAACCCGGCUUUACGAGCUGCGGCCAGAACUUUUCGACCAGCCCAAGAAAGGCAAAAAGGGAAGCCGUAAAUCUACUGCAACUGAUAGUCAGGACCCGCAGGCAGCGAAAGUGCAACGCAAAAUUGCUAGUAUUGAAAGUGAUGUACUCUUUGACCGGCAUGAGGCCGAGUACAGGUGGAGGGAAAAGCUUGACGACUUGCGAAAGGAAGCAGCUUUUACUCGCCGAACCGAGCCCGAAGAGAAGGCUCCGGCCGAAGAGGUCACCGAAAAAGAGCAAUCGGAGGAAAAGAAGGCAGAGCUAAAUGGCGAUGCAGCACCGGGUAUCGGAGAAGACGCAGAUUUACUAGGCGACAUGUUUGGAUCUGAAGAACCCACUCUGGAAUUGGGUGUGAUUACAGAAGAGCUGAAAAAGGCUGCGAUCGAAAUUCGCGACUUUGGAAAAUGGUCUGGACUCAGCCCUCGACGAGUCCUGGAGGAGACCUGCAAGGCAAGAGAUACCGGAUGCAAAAUAACGUACAAAGACUGCUCAUCAUCAUCGCAUAUGAAUCGACACGCGGUUGAAGUGCGGUGGUCUAAACCCCAAGAGAUCCCCUUCCCAUUCCAAUGGGAAAGUACUACACACAACUCGAACUCAUAUGCCACGUUCGUCUCAAUGGAUAAAGUGGCAACCCCCACAUCGCAGCAAGCUGAAGCAUUUGUCUCAACCCUGGCUCUUUUCAUUCUGUUUCCUCAGACCUCCAAAGAGGGCAAAGCUUAUCUGCGUCUUCCUGCCGUAUGGCGAGAUCUUUAUACAGAAUUCGCCAACGCAAAGAAGUUGCAAGAAGAUGAGGCUGAUAAGAAAACGGUGAAGAGUUUGAAAAAGCUACUUCAGGAAAAUCAUGGCACAUUUGAAGAUGACGUUGUCCUGUCAGAUAAUUUCCGGCGCAGGAACGGAACUUCCAGCAAGCCAGAGUCUCCCGUCCGUGGAGCCGGCGCCAGGGAUGGUUCAGAGCCUGAUGUGGAACUGAUGAGGAUCUGGACUGAGAAGUCCUCUACCGCAUCAUUCCAGUACAUGGUUCAGGGCAGGAUGAACCUGCCCAUCUGGAAUUUCCGGGACGAGAUUUUGAACACUCUAGAUACACACCGCGCGCUUAUCAUUUGCAGCGAGACGGGAAGUGGUAAAAGUACCCAGAUCCCGUCAUUCAUAUUGGAACAUGAGAUGCAGCAAGGCCGCCCUUGCAAAAUUUACGUCACAGAACCGCGCAGAAUUUCCGCUAUAUCAUUGGCUCGACGAGUCAGUGAGGAGCUUGGGGAAAAUAAGAACGACGUUGGGACAGCUCGCUCUCUUAUUGGAUUUGCUGUCAGGCUGGAAAGCAAAAUCAGCCAGGCCACGAGGCUUGUGUUUGCAACCACGGGAGUCGUGGUGCGAAUGCUGGAGCGUCCGGACGAUUUCCGAGACAUCACACAUGUCGUUCUUGAUGAGGUUCAUGAGCGUUCUAUUGACAGUGACUUCCUUCUCAUCGUUCUCCGCCGACUGAUGGUGAGAAGACCUGACCUGAAGUUGAUACUGAUGUCGGCUACACUUGAAGCACAACGCUUCUCGACAUACCUGGGCGGGGUCCCUGUGCUGAAUAUACCUGGGCGGACUUUCCCUGUAGAGAUGAAGUUCUUGGAAGACGCUGUUGAGAUGACUAACUAUCGACUGCUUGAGAAUGAGUCGAAUGGUGUCUUGGACGAAGACUCAGAUGAGUUGGCGUCUGAGAUGGCUCAAGGUGAGGCAGCGGGUGGCGGUCUUUUAUCAACGCUUGAUGGGUACUCGAAGCAGACCCGUGAAACCAUCCUGAAAUUCGACGAGUAUCGCCUCGAUUAUCAACUCAUCAAGCGCCUUGUCGCCAAAAUCGCCACAUCGCCCGACAUGACUCAUUACAGCAAAGCUAUUCUCAUCUUUAUGCCCGACCAGGAGAAGGCUUUUGUCGUGCCUCCAGAGGGCAUGAGAAAGAUUGUGAUUGCCACCAACAUAGCUGAAACAGGUAUCACGAUUCCGGAUAUCACUGCUGUGAUCGAUGCAGGCAAGGAGAAGACCAUGCGGUUUGACGAGCGACGUCAACUUUCACGACUUGUGGAAGCAUUUAUCUCACGCGCUAAUGCGAAACAACGUCGAGGACGAGCUGGACGAGUACAGAACGGAAUCUGCUUCCACAUGUUCACCAAAUAUCGGCAUGACAACGUACUUGCGGAACAACAAACGCCAGAGAUGUUGAGGUUGUCUCUCCAAGACUUGGUACUGCGAGUCAAAAUAUGCAAGCUGGGCGAGGUGGAACCUACCCUACUAGAAGCGCUCGAUCCACCAUCAUCCAAGAACAUUCGCCGUGCGAUCGACUCAUUAAAGGAAGUCAAGGCUCUGACGAAUGCAGAGAAUUUGACUCCUCUCGGAGUGCAGCUGGCCAAAUUACCAUUGGACGUGUUCCUUGGAAAGUUGAUCAUUCACGGCGCCUUCUUCCGGUGCUUAGAUGCCACCGUCAGCAUUGCAGCCAUUCUUUCGUCCAAGUCACCUUUCGUCAACACGAUGGGAUCUAAUACGCAGAAAGAUAUAGCUAGACUGUCAUUCCGCAAAGGUGACUCGGACCUCCUGACAGUAUACAAUGCAUACUGCUCUUGGAAACGCACAAGGAACACACCUGGUGCAAACGAGUACGCGUUCUGCCGGAAGAACUUCCUCAGCUCACAAACAUUGCUCAAUAUCGAAGACAUCAAAAUGCAAUUGGUAGUGUCAAUUGCUGACGCCGGUCUCUUGACCCUCGACCCGAUACAGAAGGCUGCUUUGAAUAGAUCGCGCUACGGCGGCCGCAAUCGACAAUUUUUCGUCAUUCCUGAAGAAUAUGACACCAAUAGCAUCAACGACACGGUCGUCAACUCGGUCAUAUCUUGGAGUUUCUAUCCAAAGCUGCUCACCCGUGAAGGCAAAGGCUGGCGCAACGUCGCCAACAAUCAAUCCGUUACCCUUCAUCCUACUUCUGUCAACCGCAACCCGGACCCAUCUUCCCCCCCUCUCAAAUGGCUUUCUUAUUACAACAUCAUGCAGGGCCGUAACCGAAAUUAUAAUGCUUUUGAAACAAGCGUUGUCGAUGACUUUGCCAUUGCCAUACUCUGCGGAGAACCUGAAUUCAAGAUGUACUCCGGCGUCAUCUCCAUCGACGCCAACCGCAUCCGCUUCUCCAUCCGCGACUGGAAAGCCAUGCUGGCGCUGAAACUCCUCAGCGCCCGUCUGCGCGAGAUCCUGCAGGCGACCUUCCGCGAGCCCCAAAAACUCACCUAUCCUUCCUACAAGCAGCAACAGUGGAUUGCGAUCUGGCAACGGAUCUUUGAGCAGGCGCAUGCUGCCAAACGAAUUCCUUAA